AUGAUGCACUCCAACCAGACCGAAGACAGCCCCCUGCUCUUUAUUUUGAGAGACAUCCCAGGACUGGGCUCCGCACACCGCUGGCUGCUGAUCCCACUGGGCUCCAUGUACCUCAUCUCCUUCCUCGGGAACAGCACCAUCCUGGCCGUCAUCCGGGCCGGGCCGGGCCUCCACGCCCCCAUGUACCUCUUCUUGUGCAUGCUGGCGCUGGCCGACCUGGGCCUUUCGGCCUCCACUCUGCCUUCCAUGCUGAGCGUUUUCCUGCUGCGUUCCAGAGCGGUGAGGGCCGAGGCCUGCUUCGCCCAGCUGUUCUCCAUCCACACCUUUGCGAUCAUCGAAUCCGCCGUUCUUUUGGCCAUGGCCUUCGACCGCUUCGUAGCCAUCUGGAACCCUCUGAGGUACGCCUCCAUCUUGACCAGUUCUACGGUCGUCAAGAUAGGCCUGGCCAUGGUCCUCCGGGCGGUGGUCCUGCAUCUCCCCCUGCCCUUCAUGCUGAGGCAGCUCAGAUACUGCGGGGCCAAGGCGCUUUCGCACUCCUACUGCAUCCACCCAGACGUCCUCAAGCUGGCCUGUGUGGACACUCACAUCAACAGCGCCUAUGGCAUGUUUGUGGUGAUAUCCACGUUGGCGCUGGACUCUGUCCUCAUCCUCCUUUCGUACGCCAUGAUCCUAAAGACGGUGCUGAGCAUUGCCACCUGGCAGGAGCACCUGAAGGCCCUCAACACCUGUGUCUCCCACAUCUGUGCCGUCCUCCUCUUUUACACCCCAACCCUGAGCCUCUCCAUGGUCCACCGCUUUGGGGAGAGAAUGGCCCCCCAGGUCUACCUGCUGCUGUCCUACCUCCACUUCCUCCUGCCUCCUGUGCUCAACCCUGUGAUAUACAGCGUGAAAACCAAGGAGAUCCGGCGACGGCUGCUCAGGACGUUCCACCGGAAGGGAUCGGGGAGCAGCCAGUGA